AUGUCAGGUCUCCACCGAUCAUCAAGCUCAUCGAAGAACAUAGGAAAUUGCCUCCCUUCGAAGGAACUUCUUGACGAUCUUUGCAGUAUGCUUACUGUAUUCAACAGCUGUGAUGUGUUGAGACCUUAUGUUGCGAACAUUGAUGACAUAUUCAAAGACUUCACUUCUUACAAGUGUCGAGUUCCUGUCACUGGGGCAAUCAUCCUGGAUGAGACAUAUGAACGGUGCUUGUUGGUGAAGGGAUGGAAAGGAUCAAGCUGGAGCUUUCCCCGUGGGAAGAAGAGUAAGGAUGAAGAAGACUAUGCUUGUGCUAUACGUGAGGUCUUAGAGGAAACUGGAUUUGAUGUCUCAAAGCUACUCAAGAAAGAAGAAUAUAUUGAGUUUACAUUCAGGCAGCAAAGAGUACGACUUUACAUUGUGGCUGGGGUGACAGAUGAUACAGUUUUUGCACCGCUUACGAAGAAGGAAAUCAGUGAAAUUGCAUGGCAUCGGCUUGAUCAUCUUCAUCCGGCAAGUAAUGAGGUCAUAACUCACGGAGCUGCUGGUCUCAAGUUGUAUAUGGUGGCACCUUUUCUUUCGAAGUUGAAGUCGUGGAUAUCAAAGCAUCCAGCUCCUGUAGCGCGGAGACCUGACAAGCCCGUUAAAGCACUUAGCGUGUGGAAUGCAAAGACUAGUAGUGGUGGAGGAAACGGGACAGCAACAACGGAGAGCUACAAUAAAAAGCCGGAGCCCGACCAGCCUCGAGACAUAGGACCUGGAAACAGUUUAAGAAGCUUCAAGUUCAACACGUCAGCAAUAUUGCAGGCGAUGGAAUCAGGUUUUUCAGCUUGA